AUGUUAGAUUCAGCUGAAGACUAUGAGGUCCUUAUGCUUCUACAAAGCGGAGGAGGUAUUAGUGUUCGAGAUGCAUGGCUGAACACCAGUGACAUCUCAGGCUUAAAGAAGCAUCAUAGAAACCUCACCCUAAGGGAAAUAAUCCUGGACGGAGACUACAGGACCGACCUCAACGUGGACCAAUUACCUUUUGAUGAGGUGUAUAUGGUGUUCUUGAACGCACUGGCAGAUCCUCUUUGGUGGAUAGCAUUUAAUGGAACAGCCGUGGAGGAAACAAAAUGGUUCCAGGAAGUGACGCAAUCCUCAUCUAACAUAUGGGACUACAAUGUCACUGUCAAUAUAUCCAGAUCAAGUGAGUCUUCCUAUUCACUGUAUGUUGGCACUGGGGAAAGUGAUGAUCCUGCUUGGGCCGCCAUCUUGAAUUCCUCCAACUUGGGCAUUCCUCAUUUCAUUUUCAAUGCAGAUUCAAGUAUGCCACAUGAAUUUCCUCGUGAAGACGAAUCUGAUGACAUCGGACAGAUAAACUGUUCUAUGAUGAAAGUAAAUUUUUCUGAAGAAAACAACGGAAUAUUGGUUUGUAUCUUUAUACCUGCAUUUUGGUCUGAAUGA